AUGUGGUCCAACAGCAGUGCUGCUCCCUUCUUGCUGACUGGCUUUCUGGGCUCAGAGGCAAUUCACCACUGGAUUUCUUUCCCUUUUGUUAUCAUUUACCUCUCCAUUCUUUUUGGCAAUGGCAUACUUCUCCUCCUUAUUCAGAAUGACCACAGUCUUCAUGGGCCCAUGUACUACUUCCUGGCUAUGCUGGCAGGUACAGACCUUGGGGUAACACUAACUACAAUGCCCACAGUCUUGGGUGUCCUGUUGUGGGACCAGAGGGAAGUUGCCAAACAAGCCUGUUUUACCCAGUCCUAUUUUAUACAUACCUUGUCCAUCGUAGAAUCAGGAGUCUUGCUUGCUAUGGCAUAUGACCGUUUUGUUGCCAUACGAAACCCUCUGAGGUAUAACUCCAUUCUUACCAAUUCCAGGGUGAUUAAGGUAGGACUAGGGGUAUUGAUGAGGGGCUUUGUGUCUAUUGUACCCAUAAUUAUGCCACUCUAUUGGUUCCAAUAUUGCCGUUCCCAUGUUCUUUCCCACGCCUUCUGUCUCCAUCAAGAUGUCAUGCAACUCGCCUGUGCUGAUAUUACAUUUAAUCAUAUAUACCCAGUUAUCCUGGUUGCUUUGACUUUCUUUCUAGAUGCUCUGAUUAUCCUCUUAUCUUAUAUCCUAAUCCUUAAGACAGUUUUGGGCAUUGCCUCUGCAGAGGAGCGAGGUAAGAUCCUCAACACCUGUAUCUCCCAUAUUAGUUGUGUCCUAGUCUUUUACAUCACAGUGAUAGGACUGACUUUCAUCCACAGGUUUGGAAAACAUGCACCACAUGUGGUACACAUUAGCAUGAGCUAUAUUUACUUUCUCUUUCCUCCGUUCAUGAACCCCAUCAUCUACAGCGCCAAGACCAAGCAGAUUCAGAUGAGCAUCAUUCACCUGUUUUCUGUGCACAAGAGGACUUGA